AUGAUCCUUGCUGGAAACCUUAUUGUGGGACGCUAUCGCCUUGAUUUUCUCGCUCAGUACGAGGAGGGAGCAACGGGCGAACGUGUGCCGCUGAACAAGAUUCUUGCGGGCACGAUUCCCUGGUUGGGAAGCACACAGGGAUUCAGUCGAGGCAUUGCACAGUUGCUGACACAUGCGCUGAUCCCUCGCGUUGUUGACGUGAAGGCAGAUUCGAAUUCUUCAGACUCUGACGCCGCUGGGAUCGACAGUGACUCGUUGUUGAUAUCCAUCUACCGUUUCCUCGAUGAAAAUCCAGAGAUGCAACGUUUGCGGAAGAAGUCGGCUACUUUCUUCGACUCUUAUGCUGUUGAUGAAGUUUGCUCUCCUGGGGGAAUUCUGUCCAUACCAGUCGAUGAAGGAGGUGAAGCUUUCCCGGUGCACAUGACGGAAAUAAUGAAGCAAAAUCUCCAGGAAGUCUACGAGGAAGCUCAUGAGAAGGAGUAUCCCCAGUGGAAGUAUCUGGAAGACACGAUGAAAGCCAAAGCAGAGGAGGAAGAGGAAGAGCUUGGUGAAUCAGAACCAGUCAUUGAUGAUGCGCUGGUCAAUUUCCAACGAAAGAUAAUCCCUCUCGAUGAGCUGAAUCUUGCUCUUGAAUCAAUGAGAGAGAAGAGGCUUCGAAAUGUGGCUGGGAAGAAGAAGCAAAAGCUGAUUGUUUGUGCUUCUCUUAUUGACAAGGUCCCCAAUUUGGGUGGCUUGGCCAGAACUGCAGAGAUAUUUGCUGCAGAGAAGCUUGUGAUCCCGGAUAUUGGUGUUACCAAGAUGGACAACUUCAAGUCCUUCAGUGUUGCAGCUGGGGAUUGGAUUGAGAUCGAAGAGUGCAAAGAAGAGAACCUUUUGAUGUAUCUUCGGUCGCACAGGUCAAAGGGUUACUUCAUAGUUGGAUUGGAGCAAACAUCUUCAAGUGUUUCUCUGGAGGGAUUCACAUUCCCGAACCAGCCAAUCCUCCUUUUGCUGGGCAAAGAGAAGGAGGGGAUCCCGGUUGAGUUCUUGCAAGCUGUUGACCAGUGCCUAGAAAUCCCGCAAAUGGGCAUCACUCGCAGCUUGAAUGUUCAUGUUUCUGGGGCGAUUGCUAUUUGGGAGCACACGAAACAACGACUUGGGGAGAUAUAA